CACUUCCACGCUCACCGGCAGGCACCGACUGGCCAUCUGGAGGACCGGGAGGGACGAGCCGUACGAGUUGAAGAGCCAGCCCACCGGCCUCUGCCUGAUCAUAAACAACAAACAUUUUGUUAGUGGUGACGUGAGACAUGGAACCGAUAUAGAUGCUGAAAGCUUGGCAGAGGUGUUCAGCUGGCUGGGGUUCAGAGUGCUGAUGUGUAAAGACCAAACCAAGGACCAGAUGGAGCGAGCGCUGGAAUGCUUUGCUUCUCAGCGGGGCCUUUCUCAGCUGCAGGAGUUCAAGGUCCAGGUCCAGGAGUGGACUAGCAGCGUAUUCACCGAUCUUCAAGACGUUCCUCGGCAUGGCGAUGCCUUCAUCUGCUGUGUUCUCAGUCACGGAGACAAGGGUGUCGUAUUGGGGGUUGAUGGGCAGUCCCUCCGUAUCAAACAAAUAACGAGAAUCUUCAUGGCAACUCCUCAAUCUCCCCUCACUGCCAAGCCCAAAGUGUUCCUGAUCCAGGCCUGCCAGGGGGGCCAGGAUCAUCCUAUGGUGGUAUCAGACCAUCUGCAGGCUGAUAGCUCUCACUCGACACGGCCGACUGAUAGCUCUCACUCAAAAUCCAUCCCUCAGGAAGCAGAUUUUCUAGUUCAUAGUUCCACUAUUGAAGAUUAUAAGUCGAUUAGAGACAUAAAGGAGGGGAGCUGGUUCAUCCAAUCUGUCUGUAAGCAGCUAAUAAAGGGCUGUAAGAGGAAUGAAGAAAUUGAAGUCAUACUCCGCCGCGUGAACAAGGAAGUAGCCAGGAAAGACACUGCUUUGAGAUGUGAGUUUGGUGCGAGGUGUGGUCCAACAACGCAGAUGCCCGCAAUUUGGCACACCCUGAGGAAGCGUCUUGUGUUGGCUCCACAACUCCGCAACUGAAGCCUCAUCGCCAAAAAUAAUGCAAGCACACAAUACUACUGACUGAGGGCACCUGGCCGCCGGCACCUGAGCAGUGAAAGGCCCGAAUCUCUCUCUCUCUGCUGAGGAUCUGUUUGGAGAGCAGCUAUCUGAUUCAUGCUUUGGUUUCCCUUCAUCUUAGUUUGGCAUUCAACACACACACA